CCCGCAGCCUCGGCCAUGGGCGCAGCCGGCUUGUCGGCGCUGACCCGCCUGGGCCUCUCCGCGCCGCGCCUCCCCGCGCAGACCCGGCCCGGGUGGCUCGGGGUCGCCGCGCUGGGACUGGCCGCCGUGGCGCUGGGGGCCGUGGCCUGGCGCCGAGCGCGACCCAGGCGGCGCCGGCGGCUGCAGCAGGUGGGCACCGUGUCGCAGCUGUGGAUCUACCCGGUCAAGUCGUGCAAGGGGGUGCUGGUGGAUACGGCCGAGUGCACGGCCAUGGGCCUGCGCAGCGGCCACCUGCGGGACAGGUUCUGGCUGGUGGUUAAGGAAGAUGGACAUAUGGUCACUGCCCGACAGGAGCCUCGCCUCGUGCUUGUCUCCAUCACCUACGAGAACAACUGUCUAGUCCUUAAGGCCCCAGGCGUGGACCAGCUGGUGUUGGCCACCAAGCUGCCUUCCUCGAACUCAAUUCAAGACUGCAGGCUGUUCGGUCUUGACAUUCAAGGCAGGGACUGUGGCGAUGAGGCAGCCCAGUGGUUCAGCAACUUCUUGAAAACAGAACCAUAUAGGCUGGUUCAGUUCGAAACAAAGAUGAAGGGGAGAACAUCAGAAAAAAUCUUCUUCCCUUCCAUUCAGAAUUAUGAGGUAGCCUACCCGGACUGCAGCCCAGUUUUGAUCUUCUCAGAAGCCUCCUUGGCGGAUCUGAAUGCCAGGUUGGAGAAGAAAGCAAAAGUGGAGCAUUUCCGGCCAAACAUUUUGGUGACUGGCUGUGGUGCUUUUGAAGAGGAUACCUGGGAUGAACUCCUCAUUGGCAACGUGGAACUGAAAAAGGUUUUGGCUUGCCCCAGGUGCCUCCUGACCACCGUGGAUCCCGACACCGGGGUCAUGGACCGGAAGGAGCCCCUGGAGACCUUGAAGACCUACCGCCUGUGUGAUCCUUCGGAGAAGCAUUUGUACAAGUCGUCCCCACUUUUUGGGGUCUAUUACUUGGUGGAGAAAAUUGGAAGCCUGAAAGUUGGUGACCCUGUGUAUCGGAUGGUAGAAUGAUGGAUCCAUGAUGGUGAUGUGGCCAAAGGUCAGCUUUGCUACCAGAAGGCAGUGCCUUGACCGCCAGCAGCACAAUUUCUUGCGCUUUUACGCUUUGCUCCUUCCACUCUUUGGAGAAUCGUGGGGUUGUGUCUGGGACUGAAGAAUGCCCCCUUUUCCUGUGCCCCUCAACUCAUCUGUGUAUUUCUGCCUCAGCUUCCUUUGGCUCGUGUUCUCCUCCAAUUAUAAAAUGCUGGGACAUGAAUCUCAGCAGAAAAAUA